UGUCAGCUUCACCUGUUCACGCUUCAUCUCUAGCACGUCAGCUUCACCUGUCUGCACAAGCUCCCCCGUCAGAUCUGCCAUGAUGAUGGAGUUCGCAGCAGCCCUCGUUGGCCUCGUUGCCCUUGUCAGCAGUGUCAUAGCAGAGGAGGCGUUCGUGUCCCCUCCCGCCGCCCUGCCGGCCCCGCUCCGCCGACUCCGUCAAAGCAGUGUGCCCCGCAUGGCUGUCGACAUCUCCAAGGGCAUCAACGGUGCGGUGGCUCCCUUUCCCCUUGGCUGGGACCCCUCUCGGUCUGGCUAGCGGCCCCGAUGUCGGUGAGAAUGAGGUAGGCAUUCGAAAGACGCAAGGCGAGGGAGGAGACGACUCGGUGUGUCUGUGUGUCUGCAUGUGUGUGGCUGUGCUGUGGCUGUCCUCCAUGUGCAGAUCAAGCGCUGGCGUGAGGCUGAGCUGAAGCACGGCCGUGUCUGCAUGCUCGCCGCCCUCGGCAUGCUCGUGCAGGAGAACUUCAAUCCGCUCUUCGACGGCAAGAUCACUGGACCCGCUAUCAGUAUGUGGCAGCAGCGAGGACACUCAGCAGCCACCUUUCCUGUGCUCACUGUCACUGUGUGAUGUCGAUGUGUGUGCAGAUCAUUUCCAGCAGGUGCCCUUCCCCUUCCAGGCCAUUAUCGUGGCGGGCAUCUUCGGCAUUGAGGCCUACAGGUGAGCUCUCGGCCCAGCCACCCACACACACCGAUCGACGCAGCAUCUCAUCUAUCUGCAUUGCGUCUCCGCCCGUGUCCUUCCUGUGUGUAUUGGUGUUGGUGCGCAGCAUCCGCAGGGGGUGGGCGAAGCCGAGGAGCAACAAACUGUUCGUACUGAGAAAGGACUACGAGGCGGGCAACCUCGGCUUCGACCCCUUCAACCUCGAGCCAGAUACCGAGGAUGCCUUCAAUGACCUGCGCGCCAAGGAGCUUAACAACGGCCGCCUGGCCAUGAUCGCCGUUGCCGGUAUCGUUGCCCAGGAGCUCGUCGGUGAGCAGGAAACACGCUCAAGGAUCUCUCCACGUGCUUAUUGUCUGUGUGGCCGUGUCUGUGUGUGGCGUCGUCCAGACGGGCAGGAGAUUCUUGAGCAUUUGGGCGUUACUACUGGCUGAGACCGAGGUUUCAGCCAUCAAUUCAUUCACGCGACUCCCUUGUCUGACCUGCAAUACAUGCGGUUUUCGUCAGAGCAGCAUUGGAACAGCAGCAGAGAGUGAGAGCGAGAGAGAGCGCGAUGGAAUAGAUCUGGAGAGUGACAAUGGGAUCGUCUCAAUGAGACGGAGCCCCCAUUUUGCAUUUCGUCACGGUGUGAGAAGGGAGCAUGCAGAGAGGUGGGCAGGUGGGAGGACUUGGUGAGAGUUUUUCUCAGUCAGAGAUUUGAUGUUUGCACAGAGAGAGCGUGAGCUGCGUAGACGGGGGCGAUGACAAGCUAUCGUCUUCCCGUACGCACCGACGUGGUGCGCCACGGCAUGGCGUAGCGCAUUCACCACUGUGUAGGAGCGCAAAAGAGAGCACUUGGGGAUAUGGCGGGCUGGUUGGGUCACUGGGUGGAUGGAUUGAGAAGGGUGGGGCUGUUGAUGCCAUUGGCGUGGAUGCUCUCGGCUCUGGUGCAUCUGAGAGCCGAGAGAGAGAGAUCAAUUCAUCGUCAGAUCACAGCACCGAGAGAGG